GGGCAGGGGAAAUUCCUAUUUUUCACAGAGUAUGGAGCUGAUUAUGGUGUAAACGGAACAGACGAAGCGGACGAAGAGCUCCUGUGCUGCUCUCAGGCCUCCAGAGCUGCAAAAACAGCCUGUGACCAUUGCUGGAAAACUCCAUCAGAGCCAUCAUGAAAUUCUGGCUCUUCUUUACGCUGGCUCUGCUCUGGCUGGAGGUCCAAAACGGUGUGUGUCAGCAGGUCAAGCGUAAGAAAGAGGCCGGAGAGAACCGCAUUAAAGCAGGAAGAAAAAGGGUAAAGGUUCGCUACCCCAAAGUCAAAGAAAAGGACGCAGGAAGCAAAGGACAGUCUAUUCUCACCCAAGUCCUUGAUAAAGGUCGUUUUCUCAGAUUGGGAGAGAGCCUGUCAUUGAAUCCAGGGAAAACACUGGAACUGAGAUGCAAAGGAACAAAGAUUGGCUGGGCUUAUCCCUCUUAUCUGGACACCUUUAAUGACAACCGCCUCAGCAUCAAGCAGAAUGAACGCUACAGCCAGCUGAUCCUGACGUCGCCCUCUGCUGCUGACACUGGAGAAUACAGCUGCUGGGUUCUGCUCUGUGACGGACAGGAAUGUGAGAAAGAUGUAGACACCAUCUCUGCCACUUACAUAUACUUCCAAGACAAAGAUGAGCUGUUUGUCCCCUCUGCCAUUCAUUUUGAGAUCAUUUACCUGCGCCCUGACAAACCUGCCAGCAUCCCUUGCCGGGUGACCAACCCCAAAAUCAAAGUCUCGCUACACAGAGAAGUUCCUGCAGAGGAAAUCGCUGUGGAUGGGACUCAGAUCUCCUACAAUCCCAUGAAAGGCUUUAUCAUCCGAAAUCCCAGUCCAGAACAUAAGGGAGCGUAUUACUGCAAGGCCAACAGCACCACCAAAACCACUCCGCAAAUAUCCACUAAAUACCAGCUGCUGUAUGUGGAGGUACCUAGGGGUCCCCCUUUUGCGACUAUUGAGGCUUCUUCAAACACAGUGAGCAGUGGAGAUGUAUUUAAUGUUACCUGCACAGUGCUGGGUGAACCCGAGAUGAAUGUCAGCUUCAGCUGGAGGUAUCCUGGUCAGGACCAGAGGCCGGUGAACAUUCAGGACUCCUGGAGGCUGAUAAACCGCGGUGUGGGACACACCACACGCAUCUCCCAGAGCGCCAUGAUUGUGGAUGAUGUUGAAACCAUUGAUUAUGGAAAGUAUAUCUGCAUUGCCAAGAAUAAGAAUGGAGAGACACUGGUGGCCACAUCGGUGAAGCCACGUGACUAGGAAGAACAACAUAGAUUAUAUUCUGAGCUGAGCUGGACUCCAUUCAC